AUGUUUCCGUUCAACCAAUUCGUUGCAGCUCAAUACAGAUAUUCCAAAUUCGGGCAUGGAGGGAUUAAUCAACUUGGCGGAGUAUUUGUUAAUGGACGACCUUUGCCAGAUUCUGUUCGUCAAUCGAUCGUCGAUUUAGCUAAGCAAGGUGUACGCCCAUGUGAUAUCAGUCGUCAAUUACGAGUAUCACAUGGUUGUGUAAGUAAAAUUCUAGGAAGAUAUCAUGAAACAGGUUCAAUUCGUCCGGGAAUUAUCGGCGGAAGUAAACCAAAAGUAGCAACACCUAAAGUAGUCGAUGCUAUAAAUAAUUAUAAAAGCCAAGCUCCAACAAUGUUUGCAUGGGAAAUUCGAGAACGUCUGAUUGCCGAUGGAAUAUGUGAUGCAGAUAAAGUUCCAAGUGUUAGUUCAAUAAAUAGAAUUGUACGAAAUCGUGGCGGCUCAAAUAAUAGUUCGUCGCCAACAGCAACAACGACUGAAGAUGAUAGCCGAAGUCAUCCUAUAAGUGUAUCAUCGUCACCGAAUGUCUAUAGUAUUCAUAGUUUGCUUAAUCAUUCUCAAUAUGAAUAUUCAACUAUAAAACAACGUUCAUCAUCUCGUACAAACCAUCAUAAUGAUUUGUUGGAUCAAAAGCAUUUUUCAAUCGAACAAAUCGAAUUUUUGGAUAAAUUUUUCAAAGAUAACCCAUGGGCUGAUCAUGCACAAAUCGAAUCUAUUGUUAAACAGACAGGUCUUACAGAAUCAAUUAUUAAAGCUUAUGUUGAUCAACGUCGUGCUAAAUGGAAUGCAAUAUAUACAUCGAAUAAUUAUCUAAAUUAUAAUUCAAAUGAAUUUAUUCCAACAUCAAAUUCAACGCAAGCGUUAAUAAAAAAUGAUUUUGAUAUGACAAGCGCAGCAGCAAUAGCAACACCGUCACAAUCAUCGAAUGAACUAUUUUGUUCAUCCUAUCCACCACCGCCGCCACCACCCACUACAAAUUUUCCCAUGCCAGCUCACGCAUCAGAUUAUUAUGCCUCGUAUCCUUAUUCAGCCGAUUGGCGUUACAAAUUUUAA